AUUGCUACCAAAUCCUUCCAACCCACCCAUUCGCUCCUUCACCUUCUCCAUUUCAUCACUUGGCCCAACUCGGCUAAUCGCGCACUCCAGCAUGGCGCCCAGCUUCGGUCGUCCGUGGUUCGCCAUUUUCAACACGAACCCCGUGCAGGCCAAGGACGAGAAGGCCCCCAUGCCGCCGUCGAUCGACUUUCAGCCGUCGAUUCGCGUGAGUCAGUUCGGCGGUAGGAGCCAGCGGCAGCUCGUGGGGGUCUCCAGCAGCCCGCUCGUGCAGGACCAUGUCGCCGCCGUCGCAAUGCGCGCCAAGCUCGAGACGCGCAAAGCAAAGCCGCGCAGCACGGUGCGCCUACUCGACCCCGCGCCCGUGACGCUCGCCAGCGCUGCGCCCCGAACCGCCCUUCUGCCCGCAGCGUCCGCCGCAGUGGCCUCCGCGCUCAACGUAAGCUCCGAAGCCGCUUCCACAAGCGCGAGCGCCAACGGUCAAACUGCUUCCGCCUUCUCCGCUGCCCCGCCGGAACACGUCGCUUUGAGGAAGCCGUCUUCCGCAAACCCUCCGCCGUUGGCAAUCCCGCAGCCCGCGUCGCUCCCCUCCGCUCCCAUCACUCCGCGCACGACAGCCGCCGUGCAGCCGCCGCACACACCGGGCUCGUCGGCAGCAGCUCGGUCAAGCGCGAUCGCUCCAAUAACGGCCGAAUCAGAUCUGGUGGCGGCGCCGCUUGAGGUAGCGGCGCGGUGGAGCAGAGAGGAGUGGCUGCUCGUGGUGCGCGCCGUGGAAGCCGGCGGCAUGAGAUGCCUGAAAUGCCCGAAACAGCCGGUAGCCAUGGCCGCCGCAACGCACGGCGCCAUCCAUCUCGUCCAAAGCCUCAAAUCUACAUCUGCCCCCACAACGCCAGGCCUGGGCCCGGCCUCCAAUCCAGGCUCCGCAAAAGGCUCGGGGCCAUUCUCAAGCCCUGUGGCUCCCGCGGCAGGCGCGACGAAGGGCGACGUACCUGCUUCCCCGUCCGGCCGCCUGCUGUUUUACACCACGUCAUCGGGAUCGUCCGAUGACACCACAUUCGUCGAUGAUGCCGCCACGCUAGCGAGCCGCCAUUCGUCCGGCUCGGGGACUUCCGAUGAUGAUUACACUGUCAGCGCCGCGACGCGCUACAGCAGCUACAGCAGUUUUAAUAGCGGCAAUCCCAAGGGCGCUACAGCCGCGCAGGCACCGCCUCCGACGUCCAUCCCUCCGAGCCCGUCCGGCUGCCCGCGAACGCCCUUCUCUCGUCUCAUGCAGCACCCGCUGCCGCACCAGCAGCAGCAUAACCAGCCAGCCGUCUCUACCCGCGGCUUGCCGGCCGGCAGCAUGAUAGCUUUCAGCCGAGUCGCAACGGACGGAUCGGAGGAGCUCCCCGCGUGCCCGUUUCUUGGCCACUCGGCGCGCUACAGCAGCUACGAGACAAAGGAUGCCGCACUGUCGACUGCGCGAAAUCUGCCGUUCAACGGCACGACGACACGUCACUGCGCGGACGCGUCUCUCCCCGCGCGAUCCGCGACGGCGGGCUCCGCAAGCGCUUCCGGCGCGCGCGGGGCGGUAAGCGGAGCGGGCGCGGGAGCGGGCGGGAGCCGCAGCACGGGCAUGGGGAUGAGCGCGAGCGGCGUGGCGGUGGACGCGAUGAACCGCAAGCUGCUGACGGUGAUCACCAAGACGCACGAGAUCUUCGCGCGCGACAUGACGCCCAACGCCAGCCAGGUCGCCGACUACCUGCUCUCGCAGCUGCUCGACCUCACGCACUCCGAGUCCGGCUUCAUCGCCAGCGCGCUGAAGCGCGCCGAUGGGUCGAUGUACCUGAAGACGCACUCCAUCACGAACCUGGCGUGGAACCGCGAGCUGCGCGCGUGGUACGCGGAGAACGCGCCCAAGGGGCUGGUGUUCGGCAACCUCGAGACCAUCUUCGGCCGCGUCGUGACGUCCGCCGACGUCGUCAUCAGCAACGACGUGCCCUCCGACCCGCGCGCGUCCAGACAAGGCGUGCCGCCCGGCCACCCGGUGAUGCGGAGCUUCCUGGGCGUUCCCCUGUUCUCCGGGCCCGACCUGGUGGGCAUGUACGCCGUGUCGAACCGCGAGGGCGGCUACAACGAGAGCCUGCUGAUGAGCAUCCAGCCCGUGACUAAAACGGUGGCGCAGGUGGUGGUGGGCGUGCAACGGCGGCGGCAGAAGUGGGAGGCGGAGGAGCGACUCAACGACAUGCUCGAGGCGACGCAGCAUGCAAUGGUGGCGGUGGCAGCGGACGGCAAGCUCACGUGCGCCAACAGAGCGGCGCGCACCCUCUUUGGGCUUGACACCGUUGCGGACGGUGAUGGCGAUGCGACAGGUGGCAAGCUGCCACCGGGGCUGAAGCUGGCGGACGUGCUGGUCAGCAUUGACGGCGACGACGGCUACAUGCAGCGAGGCCUGGAAGCCUUUGCCGGGGAGUCACUCCACGAGCUGCCGGCAGAGGGGCGGCAGCACAGGUCGCAGGGAGAGGAGGGAGACGGUGCAGGUGAAGCAGCAGGCAGCAUGAGCCUCAGGGUGACCGUGGCUCGGGGCUCCUCCAGUGAUGUGAAAUUCGUGGUGACUGCCAGGGAGGCUGCUGGGGGGCAUUGGGGGCAGGCAGAUAGGGGGGCACGGUGGGAUGCUGAGGGUGGAAGGAGCAGUCAAGAGCAUGGGGAUGGGGGUGAUGCAGGCGAGGCAGGGCACACGCAUGGCGGGCAGGAGUGUGAGCUUGUGCUGUCGACGGAGGAUGGCACCCUCACCAUUCUUGCUUGAGUGGAUAGCUUUGUGCAUGAAGAGUUAGCUUCAUCCCUGGUUUUGUUGUGUGCAGCUGAACUAGCUCAAGUCUUGCAGCACUUAUCACAUGGUUGUAAUAAGAAAGCCGCACUGGCCCAAGGCAUGCGAAGGACACGACAAAGUGGGAGGAACUAAACAUGUGCGAAGGUCUGCUAAAUAUGGUGCCCUAAUGGCAUGUCCUAAGUGUUCGUUUUUUGCCA